CUCGCUCUCUCUCUGUCUGUGUCUCUCUCUCUGUCUCUCUCUCUCUGUCUGUCACUCUCUCUGUCUCUCUCUCUCUCUGUCUCUCUCUCUCUCUGUCUCUCUCUCUCUCUCUCUCUCUCGUCUGUCUCCUCAUACUACAAUCACACAGCAUACAGUAUCGUACAGUAUUGUGCAUCUUCUCUACUGCAGGUCUCUCUUCAGUGGUUGCUAUGGUCUGUUUUUGCAUUGCUAUGGGAGCUAUGCUCUCGUUGGCUCUGCCUGACCUGGUUACCAUGGAGACGUGUACAUCGGCGGGGACGCCUGGACUGCAUGGUUUCCCAGGGUUGCCAGGAAGGGACGGACGAGAUGGAGAGACGGGGGAGAAGGGAGUGUCAGGUGUUCUAUCUGGACCAGGCCAGAAAGCAGAGGGGGGCCAGAAGGGGGAGCCAGGUGUGAAGGGAGCGGUUGGGAAGCCAGGUCGUAGUGGUGUGAGAGGAGAUAAGGGAUCCCCAGGGCCAGAGGGAGCCCGGGGAGAGCCAGGGGAGUCGGGCUCAGCAGGACCUCUGCUCCAAUCUGCCUUCAGCGUGGCCAGAGGCACCGCCAGCCCUCCAGAGAAGGCCAGCCCCAUCAGAUUUACCACUGUCAUCACUGAUGUUAACAAGGACUACAACACAGAGACUGGACGCUUCAGGUGUCGUGUACCGGGGACCUACUACUUUGUGUACCACGCGUCAUCUGAGGAGAGACUCUGUCUGGUGUUCAAACUGGAUGGAACCAGUCUGUCCUCCUUCUGUGACCUGACGUACGGGGGCACGAAGAGACAGGUGAGUUCGGGGGGUCUGGCUACGUACUUGAAGAAGGAUCAGGAGGUGUGGCUAGAGACCAACGAUUACAACGGCAUGACGGGAAAACCUGAAGGAAACAGUCUAUUCUCUGGCUUCCUGCUCAACCCUCACUAACCUGAAGGGAACAGUCUAUUCUCUGGCUUCCUGCUCAACCCUCACUAACCUGAAGGGAACAGUCUAUUCUCUGGCUUCCUGAAGGGAACAGUCUAUUCUCUGGCUUCCUGAAGGGAACAGUCUAUUCUCUGGCUUCCUGCUCAACCCUCACUAACCUGAAGGGAACAGUCUAUUCUCUGGCUUCCUGAAGGGAACAGUCUAUUCUCUGGCUUCCUGAAGGGAACAGUCUAUUCUCUGGCUUCCUGAAGGGAACAGUCUAUUCUCUGGCUUCCUGCUCUACCCUCACUAACCUGAAGGGACCAGUCUAUUCUCUGGCUUCCUGAAGGAAACAGUCUAUUCUCUGGCUUCCUGCUCUACCCUCACUAACCUGAAGGGACCAGUCUAUUCUCUGGCUUCCUGCUCUACCCUCACUAACCUGAAGGGACCAGUCUAUUCUCUGGCUUCCUGAAGGAAACAGUCUAUUCUCUGGCUUCCUGCUCUACCCUCACUAACCUGAAGGGAACAGUCUAUUCUCUGGCUUCCUGCUCAACCCUCACUAACCUGAAGGGAACAGUCUAUUCUCUGGCUUCCUGAAGGAAACAGUCUAUUCUCUGGCUUCCUGAAGGGAACAGUCUAUUCUCUGGCUUCCUGAAGGAAACAGUCUAUUCUCUGGCUUCCUGCUCUACCCUCACUAACCUGAAGGGAACAGUCUAUUCUCUGGCUUCCUGCUCACCCUCACUACCUGGGAACAGUCUAUUCUCUGCUUCUGGAUAUAGUCUAUUCUCUGGCGUCUACUCUAUAUAUAUAUAUAUAUAUAUAUAUAUAUAUAUCCCUCCAUCCAUC